AUGUCCGUGAGCCGCAAUCGUACCGACAGACGCUCUUUUGUUGGCGUGUUUUCCUUUGCUAAACAGAGUCUGGUUUCGCAACCGUUCUGGCCUAAAAGUUGGCUCACUGCCGAACCUUUGUUUAUGGGUGACCCACAGGCUUCCCCUCGAGUAGUAUCUACAUGCGAUCGAUGGAGCACAGCUGCUGGUUACAGGGGAGGUGAGACUGUUUUGGCCGCUACCGCAAUGUAA